AUGUUCCUGCUUCAGCCGUUGCUACGCUCCUGCUUCAGCCGUUGCCACGCUCCUGCUUCAGCCGUUGCCACGCUUCUGCUUCAGCCGUUGCCACGCUCCUGCUUCAGCCGUUGCCACGCUCCUGCUUCAGCCGUUGCCACGCUCCUGCUUCAGCCGUUGCCACGCUCCUGCUUCAGCCGUUGCCACGCUCCUGCUUCAGCCGUUGCCACGCUCCUGCUUCAGCCGUUGCCACGCUCCUGCUUCAGCCGUUGCCACGCUCCUGCUUCAGCCGUUGCCACGCUCCUGCUUCAGCCGUUGCCACGCUCCUGCUUCAGCCGUUGCCACGCUCCUGCUUCAGCCGUUGCCACGCUCCUGCUUCAGCCGUUGCCACGCUCCUGCUUCAGCCGUUGCCACGCUCCUGCUUCAGCCGUUGCCACGCUCCUGCUUCAGCCGUUGCCACGCUCCUGCUUCAGCCGUUGCUACGCUCCUGCUUCAACCGUUGCCACGCUCCUGCAUCAACCGUUGCCACACUCCUGCAUCAACCGUUGCCACGCUCCAGGGCCCACUUGUGAGAAGUGUAUCUCGUCUCCGUUCCAAGAAGUAGAAUUUGAGUGGUAA